CAACUGUCAACUCGCCAGUCAGACAAAAUUGUAAAUAUCAAACUAAAAUCUUAACGAAGAAACUCGCAUUGUUUAUCGGAAUUUUAAAUGGAAGUCCCGGCAAGUACAGUUGCUUCAUUACUUCAUAAAUUGUGCGAAAGAUUGUCACCUGAUCCAGAUGGAGCUUAUGAACUAGCACUCUCAUAUUUGUCUUCUACUAGUGAGAAAUCUCGUUCAGCUCAAGAUGAAAGAUUCCUCUGUCAAAAGAUUAAUUCCAGAUUAGCUACUUUGUCAGCAAAGGAUGCAGACAAAUUUAAUGAGUCACAUGCAAAAUUAAAGAAUUCAUUUGUGUUAAAGCAAAGAGUUGCUGUGCUUUCAUUACUGCUAGCCCUUUCAGAGACACCACAGAGUUCAGAAUCCACGCAACAAUUAUUUCCCAUACCAUAUCUUGGACAUACUAAUGAUGCAAUAGGUUCUACAGUGGCAACAUCGAGCUCAAGUAAAAGCACCAUAGGGUCAGUGAGCUGGGUUAGCAAUGCUCUUAAACAAAAGAGUUCUGACCAGAGUCUACCAUCUAACAAUAGCAACUUGGUUGUGGCAUUGCAAUCCAAUGAACAUGUUCAUGAGCGUGCAUGUGUACGGGACGCAGUAUUAGCCGCCACGGGCGUAAAGGCAUCCAAUACAGCCAAUUGGUCUCGUCCAGCACAAACAUUAUACUCACGAAUAGCUCACUUGGGCUUUCUUCAUGAUCGUCUGAAGGAGUUCAUUGACCCUGCAUCAGGACUUAUGCCUCAAGGUUUAAUGGGAGAAGGAUUAGUGGCAUCAAUAAGAGAUGAACUCACUGAAUAUUAUCGGAGUAUUGCGUUAUUGCAAUCCCAGGUAUGCGAAGGUGACGGCGGCGGUGGUACCUUGCGACGUGUCUGCGUGUGGGCUUAUGAACCCCUGCAUCGUCUGACCUGGCUCGCCAAUAUAGCACACACGGCACAUCAUAAAAAAGGCGGAGAGCUGGCGACAUGCGUGCACCGCUUCGUCCGCCACGGAGACGAGCGCGUGGCCACGCUGGCGCGCCGGCUGCUCACCGCGCUCACCUACCCCCUCCUGCUCAUGCUCACUCGCUGGCUCCUACACGGAGAGAUCGAUGAUCCUUUUAACGAGUUCUUUAUCGAAAGCAGAAGUGGCGUGCCGAUAGAUAGAAUGUGGCACGAUAAAUAUAGAGUGAGGGAGUGGAUGGUGCCGUCGUUCAUGUCGCGCGAGCAAGCGGCACAAAUCCUGGCAACUGGCAAGAGCGUAGUGUUCAUGCGCGAGGCGUGCGCCGACGAGCCCGUGCCCGCCGACCACCACCACCACCUGCACCAACUGCUUGAGCCGCCUCGCGCCGGUAGCGAGAGUGCGGCGUGGUGGGAGGCGAGCGGGCUGCGCGAGGGCGUGGCGGCGGCGCACGCGUCCGCUGCACAGCGCUUGCUGGCCGCGCUCACCACGCACCACCACCUGCUUGACCACCUCGCCGCUCACCGCCGCUACCUGCUGCUGGCGCAGGGUGAUUUCGUACACCAUCUCAUGACGCUGCUGCAGGAAGAGCUAAACAAACCGGCGACGUCAUUGUACGUGCACAAUUUGACGUGCACGCUCGAAGCCGCAGUGCGCGCCACUAACGCGCAGUUUGAGCCGCCGCAUGUGCUGGCACGGUUACACGUCAAUCUCUAUCCUAAUUGUGACGGUCGCGAAGAUAAUGGCUGGGACGUAUUCGCAUUACAGUACCGCGUAGAUGGACCAUUGGGAACACUUUUUCCGGCGACCUGUGCCGCCCGUUACCGCGCGUUAUUCACGCAGUUGUGGCGCGUCAAGCGCAUCGAGCACGCCUUACACCACGCUUGGCGCGACCACGCCAUACUGCAGAAACGACUCAAACACAUGCCGGAGGUGUGGGGCCUGAUGCGGCGCGUGUCGUGCCUGCGCGCCGAGGCGCUGCGGCUGUGCGGCGCGCUGCAGGAGGCCAGCUGCGAGGGCGCCGAGGCGGCGUGGGCCGAGCUGCUGGCCGCCGCCGCCGCGCGCCACCACCUCGACCGCCUGCUGGCGCUGCACCACCGCGCGCUCGACCGCCACUCCAUACACGCCAUGAUACACCACACCACGCAGGAACUACAAUCAUACUUGGGCAAUGUUUUGAACGAGACAUUAGCCCUACGUAGUUUCGAGACGACGCUACAUGCGGGUAUUAAUGCUGAGCUUGAACGCCGUGAUCGACUGGAACAGUUGAAAGCCGAGCGUUUGUCACGAGGAGAGUAUGCAUUCACCGCUGCUGAUGAAGCGCAAGACAAGGAGAAGAGAAAAAUUUUCCAACAAUUCUUAGGUAACCGAAAAGCUGAUCUUAAUGUUUGGGCGCGUACCUACCGAGGUCAUGUAACGACGUUGAUCCUAAAGCUAGCCUUACACACGGAGGUCUCGCUUCAAACGCUGGCAUUCCGACUUGACUACAGCGACUUUUAUAAACGCGGCGACGCCAAGCUCCACGAACCAUUAACUUAUCAGCACAAGCGACUCAGCGAGAUUGGACUUCAUUUAGCAAAGAACAAAUUGAUUGAUCACAGUAAGAAAAAGUGACACGUAUCAACGGAACCGCCCACUUCUAGUAUCUGUAUAUCGUGGAUCGGUUUCGGCUGCAUUUCCUCUAAUUAAUCUAAUUAUGCUAAAAUCGUAAUUUAAUUAUAAUAAAUAAUAGUUUAAAUUUCUUAAAAUCUCAUUUGUUUAUGAUUACAUAUAUGGAGUGUAUUUAAAUUUAAUAGUAUUGCUGUAAACAUCAAAACAAAGACAUUUGUGAGGACUUCUAACUUCUUUGUUAAAACUAUAUAUAUAGAAAGUAAAUAAGACAGACAUUGUUAACCGUUAAAAAGAAAAAUGAACUGGGUAAAUGUUUAAGUAAGAGUAUUUUAAAUAAUAUCUUAAAAGCAAAGUGUUAAUAAUCUUAUAAACGAUGUUGAGAAACAUAAUAAUUAGGAAAGGACCAUUAAUUAAUAAUUUAUGAUUAAAAGAAUUCGAUAAUUAAAAGUAACGUCUUGAUAAACGACUGAUUUAAUUCACAAAUUAACAAUAAUGUAUAUUGUAUAACAAACCAAAUUUAUAUAAGUGCCAUUAAACAACAAUAAUGUUUUUAUA